AUGGUGGAGGAAGAUUUGAAUGCAUUACCCUCAAGGGAAAUAUAUAAUAAACUAAUUGGGAGUACAGGACACCAUGGAGUUACAAAUUGCAAUGGUGAAAAGCACAUUCAGGAGGUAAUGGAGAAAGUGCAACCAUAUGAAGAAAUUAGAGAGGACAUAGAUAAAAUUAGAAAAGCCUUAUGUUACGUAUCUAAAAUGGACAAUGCUAUGGUUACCAAAAAUACGAAGGAAGAUUACUGUUUUGCUCUUUAUUUCUGGGUAGGUAAAAUAUUAUCCGAAAAAUUAAGUAGCACGAAGUUUCAGAAAACUAUAGUUGCCUAUCAUAAUAAAAUAGUGGAUAAUGAAGAUGAAUAUGAAUGUGCACCUGCAAAACCUAGUACAGACCCUGAUAUUUUUAGGAAACUGAAGAAAUUAUUCGAUUACAAGAAGGACGAAACUUUUAUAUGUAAUGCGUCUAGAGGUGAAGGGGAAACACCUUGCCCUGCAGCAUAUCAGGAAUAUUUACGAGAAGCACAAAAUGCCUAUGAAGUUAUACGUCAAAAAUAUACAGAUAGUACAGAUGAAAGUUGGUAUAUAAAUUUUAAAGACUGGUAUACACAAUAUAGCAGUAAGAAGAAAUUAGAGUUAAAUUGUGAACUGAAAGAUACCGAGAAGCAUGAACUACAGGAUCAGGGGGUAAAAGUUGGAUCACAGGGGAGAAACCCUGAACCCAGGUCAAAAUCAUCAUCCUCCCGUGAAAUCAACACCCCCGCUAUAGCUAUCCCUUCUGCUGGACUUGCAUUCGUGGGAUUACCAACUGUUGCUUUCCUUGCAUAUAGGUACAAUCUCCUACCUCCUGGAAUAAAAAACACCUUCUUUGGAAAAAGCAAUAAAGCAAGAAGUGGAAGAGGAAAAAGAUCCACUGGACGUCACAACUUUGACGACGACACUCUAACAGAGAAUGAUUCUUCUACAGAAUAUGGAACAGUAUAUUCUACGGAAGGGAAUUCAACACUUGGUUCAUCAGAAUAUGAUGCACCAUCAUCAUCUACCACAACCAGAAAAGAAAGAGCAAGAACAAAUAAUAGAUCGCAACAACCAAAAAGAACGAAUAUAAGCUACGGCCGUAUGUAA